GGGUAUUGAGGCAUCGAGACACAGCAUCCGUGGAAAUUGGGAGGACGGUAUAAAUAUUGGCACGGCGCAGUCGACGGAGAGGCGUCGAGUAGCUUUCAACGAAGAAGGAGACCUCCUGAAAUUGAUACAUCGUUGAUCAAUAGUUACCCACUAUCACUGGGCUCGCUCUCGCUUUAUAUAUCUGCAUCUCAAGGUCCCGCUUGCUCUCCGUUGCAACUCCUCCCAUGGCUGCUAUUACCUUCAGGCGGCUCUGCGCCGAGUUCCUCGACAGGUCCAAUAUCAUCGUGACGGCAGUGGUUUCUUUGUUCGUCCUGUGGACAAAAUCAAGCGGGGCAGCGUAUUUCGCGGCUUGUUCAUUGGCAUGCGCCGUGGUGGCUAAAGUCAUUAAACGAAUAGUCCGACAAGCACGUCCGCCAGCAGAGUCGGCACUUAGAGCAAAGAAAAGCUUUGGUUGUCAAUGUGCGCCUGGCAGCAUGCCGAGUACGCACUCUGCAGUUGUGUCAUUCCAGGCGGCAUACGUGAUCCUCGCAUGCCUCAACAUGCCUAUACACCCAUCGAUACCCCUCCAAGAAUCCCAACGUUUGCUGCCAAUAGUGGUCAUUGUGCCAUGGGCGAUCGCUAUCAUGGUCUCCAGAGUGCGGUUGGGUUACCACACGUGGACACAAGUACUGGCUGGGUUCACUACAGGAGUCCCCUUUGCUGCCAUUGCGUAUGACUUGUGGAACCGUGGGGUAAACGACUAUGCUUUUGCCGUAGAACAGUUUGUAAAACCAUAUUUGACUCGGGUCUGGGCUAAGCGGCCCAGAAGCGGCCCGUCACUGGGUAUGUUGACGCGGUAUCACUGCCGCACGCCGGAUGCUAUUCGUACAGCGACUUCGACGACGACCAUGGACAGCGACAAUGACCCUAUUCACCAGUUCUUCCCAGGAGAGGAGGAUGUUGACCUCUACGCUGUACUCAACCUAACAAACGAUGCGACACAAGACAUGAUUAAGAAGGCAUACCGACGCAUGGCCCUUGUAUAUCAUCCAGACAAGCAUGCGUCUGCGACAGAGCAAGCCAAGGCCGACGCGUCCACGAAGUUCCAGCAGAUUGGCUUUGCCUAUGCUGUCCUCAGUGACGAGAAGAGGAAGGAGAGAUAUGACAAAACAGGGAAGACGGAUGAAGGCUUCGACCUUGGUGUCGGUGACGACGGUUGGGAGGCAUACUUCGAGGAGCUGUUCGAACGGGUGACGCGAGGGAAACUAGACGAAGAUAAGAAGCAGUAUCAAGGUUCCGCGGAAGAGAUUGAGGACCUCAAGAACGCGUACAACGAAGUAGGAGGGUCUAUAGCAGAGAUUAUGUCCCACAUCCCUCACUCGACAUAUGAAGACGAGGCUCGUUUCGUGCUCACCAUAUCCUCUCUAAUCGUCAAGGGUGAACUGGAAUCCACCCCUGAAUGGCAGAAGAGUGUCAAGGACGAGAAGGCAAAGUUGGCGCGAAAGAAGGAGGGGGAACGCGAGGCCAAGGAAGCGGAGAAAUUGGCGAAGGAACUGGGCGUCUGGGAUGAGUUCUUCGGGGAUGGAAAGCCUACCAAGCGUCACAAGAAGGACAAGGACAAAGGAGGCGAUGAAGAGGAGGACGUGUCUGCAUUACAGGCGCUGAUUCUGAAGAAGCGAGAGAAGAACAUGGACAGCUUCUUUGACGGGCUAGCUGCAAAGUACGGUGCAGCGCCCACCAGGGGCAAGGGUAAAGGGAAGAAGAGGGCGAAUCCCGACGACGAGGAUGCUGAAGAACUCGACAUUCCUAGCAAGAAGAAAUCCCGCUCUGCGGUCCCGCCUCCGCCAGAGAUUUCCGAAGAAGAAUUCGCCAAACUACAAGCCAAGGUUGUUGGCGAUAAGAAGUCGAAAGGUGCCAGUAGUAAACCCAACUCUAAAUCCAAGAGUGGCAAGGCAAGGAAGACAAAGUAG